CAGCGUCCUCCUGCAUCACUGGUCUCCACUCUCUCACACCGGCGGACAAGAGUGUCCCAACACCGCACAGGAGACAAGACAAGAGGACUCACCCAUCCGUCCGAGGGACAACACACCUGUCCACACCUGUGAGAGGAAGUUUAAACCAAUAUCAGGCCAGUCUAGACGAAGCAGUCAUGUCGGCUAAAGCCAUCUCAGAGCAAACAGGGAAGGAGUUCCUGUACAAGUACGUCUGUACGUCGGCCACCAUCCAGAACAAAUUCCGUUACGCCAACGUGACGCCUGAGACGGACUUUGACCGACUGGUGCAAGAGCACCCAUGGCUGCUCACAGAGAGGCUGGUGGUGAAGCCGGACCAGCUGAUCAAGAGGAGAGGAAAGCUCGGCCUGGUCGGCGUCAACCUGGACCUGAACGGCGUCAGAGAGUGGCUGAAGCCCCGCCUCAUGAAAGAGACAACCGUGGGAAAAGCCAAGGGAAUCCUCAAGAACUUCCUCAUCGAGCCGUUUGUCCCCCACAAGCAGGAGGAGGAGUUCUACGUGUGCAUCUACGCGACCCGAGAGGGAGACUACGUGCUGUUCCACCACGAGGGAGGCGUGGACGUGGGAGACGUGGACGCUAAGGCGAAGAAGCUGCUGGUUGGGGUGGACGAGAAGAUCAGCGAGGACUCGGUGAAGAAAGAGCUGCUGACCCACGCGCCAAAUGAAAAGAAAGAGAGACUGUGGCUCGCCCCCUCCUGCCCCCCUGCUAUCCAUCUCUCCGGCACGGCACAUUCUGGCCGGCGACGCUUGGUCACAAAAAAUGGAGUGUACGUGCUGGACAUGGCGGCCAAAGUCGAUGCCACAGCCGACUACAUCUGCAAGACAAAGUGGGGGGACGUGGAGUUUCCUCCACCUUUUGGCAGGGAGGCGUAUCCAGAGGAGGCUUACAUCGCUGACCUGGACGCCAAGAGUGGCGCCAGCCUCAAACUCACUCUGCUCAAUCCUCGGGGCAGGAUCUGGACCAUGGUAGCAGGAGGUGGUGCCUCAGUAGUCUACAGUGACACAAUCUGCGACUUGGGAGGUGUCGACGAGCUGGCCAAUUACGGGGAGUAUUCGGGAGCACCCAGCGAGCAACAGACCUAUGACUACGCCAAAACCAUCCUCUCACUGAUGACCAGAGAGAAGCACAAAGACGGAAAGGUUUUGAUCAUUGGGGGCAGCAUUGCGAACUUCACAAACGUUGCAGCAACAUUUAAGGGGAUCGUUAGAGCCAUCAGAGAUUAUCAGGUGCCACUUCAGGAACAUGAAGUCACCAUUUUUGUGCGCCGUGGAGGCCCCAACUAUCAGGAAGGUCUCCGAGUGAUGGGAGAAGUUGGUAAGACGACCGGGAUCCCCAUUCAUGUCUUUGGCACAGAAACUCACAUGACAGCCAUCGUCGGCAUGGCCCUGGGCCACCGGCCAAUUGCCAACCAGCCCACUGCCGCUGCCCACACCGCCAACUUCCUGCUCAACACCAGCGGCGGCGCAUCGACUCCAGGAUCCAGCAGAACUGCUUCUUUUUCUGAAAACAGAACCAGAAUAGAAGGUUCUCCAGCCAAGAAGGAUAAAGGUGGAGCUCCUAUAGCCAAGGCCACUACGCUCUUUAGCAAAAGCACAAAGUCCAUCGUGUGGGGUAUGCAGACUCGGGCAGUGCAGGGCAUGCUGGACUUUGACUACGUGUGCUCCAGAGAGGAGCCGUCCGUGGCAGCUAUGGUUUACCCCUUCAUAGGGGACCAUAAACAGAAGUUCUACUGGGGCCACAAAGAGAUCCUCAUCCCUGUGUAUAAGAACAUGAGUGACGCCAUGAAGAAGCACCCAGAUGUCGACGUGCUCAUCAACUUCGCCUCGUUGCGUUCGGCCAUGGAUAGCACCAUGGAGACCAUGCAGUACCCGCAGAUUCACACCAUUGCCAUCAUCGCAGAGGGAAUCCCUGAAGCCUAUACAAGGAAGAUCAUCAAGGCGGCAGAUGAUAAGGGCGUCACGAUCAUUGGACCCGCAACUGUUGGUGGAAUCAAGCCGGGCUGUUUCAAAAUUGGAAACACAGGAGGCAUGCUGGAUAACAUCCUCGCCUCCAAACUCUAUCGCCCAGGCAGCGUUGCUUACGUGUCCCGCUCUGGCGGCAUGUCCAACGAGCUCAACAACAUCAUCUCCCGUACCACGGAUGGUGUCUUUGAAGGCGUGGCCAUCGGUGGCGACAGAUACCCGGGCUCUGUGUUCACUGACCAUGUGCUGCGCUACCAAGACACUCCUGGAGUGGAAAUGAUUGUGAUGCUGGGAGAGAUUGGAGGAACAGAGGAGUAUAAGAUCUGUCAGGCUAUCAAACAGGGCAGAAUCACAAAGCCAGUGGUCUGCUGGUGUAUCGGCACCUGUGCCACCAUGUUCUCCUCAGAGGUUCAGUUCGGUCACGCAGGAGCCUGUGCAAACCAGGCGGCUGAGACAGCGGUGGCCAAGAACCAGGCUCUGAAAGAAGCUGGUGCCUUCGUCCCAAAGAGCUUUGAUGAGCUGGGCGAGAUGAUUAAAUUUGUUUAUGACGACCUUGUCGCCAAAGGAGUGAUCCAGCCGGCUGAAGAGGUUCCUCCUCCCACUGUGCCAAUGGAUUACUCCUGGGCACGAGAGCUGGGUCUGAUCCGUAAACCAGCCUCUUUCAUGACCAGCAUCUGUGACGAGAGAGGUCAGGAGCUCAUCUACGCAGGAAUGCCCAUCACCGAGGUCUUCAAGACGGAGAUGGGCCUGGGAGGAACUCUGGGUCUGCUGUGGUUCCAAAGGAGGUUGCCGAGGUACGCGUGCCAGUUCAUUGAGAUGUGCCUGAUGGUGACUGCAGAUCACGGUCCCGCUGUCUCUGGUGCCCACAACACUAUUGUGUGCGCACGAGCUGGCAAAGAUCUCAUCUCCAGUCUCACGUCCGGUCUCCUCACCAUUGGCGACCGCUUCGGGGGCGCUCUGGAUGCCGCUGCGAAGCAAUUCAGCAAGGCGUUUGACAGUGGCAUGCUGCCCAUGGAGUUUGUCAACAAGAUGAAGAAGGACGGAAAACUGAUCAUGGGCAUCGGACACAGAGUCAAGUCGAUUAACAAUCCAGACAUGAGAGUCCAGAUCUUGAAGGACUUUGUGAAGCAGCAUUUCACCUCCACCCAGAUGCUGGACUAUGCUCUGGAUGUAGAGAAGAUCACCACAUCCAAAAAACCAAACUUAAUCUUGAAUGUGGACGGCUUCAUCGGUGUCGCCUUUGUUGACUUGCUCAGGACUUGCGGUGGUUUUACAAGAGAUGAAGCGGACGAGUUUGUGGAAAUUGGCGCUCUGAAUGGCAUCUUUGUCCUGGGACGCAGCAUGGGAUUCAUCGGACACUACCUGGACCAGAAGAGGCUAAAACAGGGUCUAUACCGCCACCCAUGGGACGACAUCUCCUAUGUGCUCCCUGAACACAUGUCCAUGUAAUCAGAGAGUAAACCAGUCAGUGGCUUUACAUAGGGAAGAUGCACCUAUUAACUAUUAGUUGUAAAUGUGAAGUAUUAAAAAUAAGAAUGUAAGGGUUUUUUUUCUGUUUCUGUAGUGCUGCAUUUCUGUGAAUAACGUAAAGACUAUUGAAGUGAAAAGAUCUAUUCUGAGGAGUCGAGUUCUGACUUGAAACAGGUGAAAGAGUCGGCAGAUUAUGUAACUGUCGGCCACCAUCUCUUACUCUAAUGGCUACGAUGUCGAUGUGCCGGUAUUUACUCCCCCCGAAUAUUGCGUAAUAUGGUGUUUACACUAGCAUGUACUGUACGUCUGUGUCACAGAUAUGUUGUGUGUCUCUGUGUGCAGCUCUUGUGAUUGUGCCAUUUUUUUAAAAUGACAAAGCUUGCGACGGAGGAUGAAGGAUGUAGUGCAAUAUUGCCUCUAAUAAGGGACCACACUGAUCGCUUUUAUUCAUGUAUAGAUUUAUUCAUAGUGAAGAUGAAAAGGUACAAUGUGGUUAAUAAAAAACUAUUUUCAUCACACUUUUAGAUGGAAGUUUAGGGGUUUUCUUCAUAAGAGUGGAAAAGGUACGUGAUUUAAUGUCUCUUUUUUUUGUUGUUGUUUAAGAAGAUUAAGGCAUCCCACAAAACAGUAAUGAUCUGAUCUUCUAUUGUGUGAAAACUUUGCUCCAAAAAGAAGAGAUAUUCAGGUUUUUCUUAUUUUCUGCCAAAUGUUAUAUACUGUAUAAAGUAUGUAUUCUCUCCUGAUUAAUAUGCUAGGUCUUUUAUCCACCUUCUUCAAAUUUAUUUCCGAGUAGAAUUUACAGUUCAUCCCAGGCCCAGAGUUUAACGUGUCCUCGUCUAUGAUCUAUUAUUAUAAUGUAAUAAUAAUUAGUCUAUUUAAUGAAACAAUUAAUAAGACAUAGAAACAUACAGUACAAGCCUCACCUUCAAGAAUUCGACACACCUUCCAGAUCACUAAGUCCAUUAAAUAUUAUACAUUAUGUGGCAGCCAGGACCGGUAACAACCUUUUAUGUGAAUGUGACAACAUUGUGGGAAAAGGUCUGAGAACAUCCAGAAACAUCACCAGUGUUGUUGUUGUUUUUUUAAUGUGAACUGAUCGUGCCUCUGUACCGAUUUGUUGUUAGUUGACAGCUGUGUAAUUGAGUGCAAUCCAAUGUAACUGAUGUAAUGUAAUAAAGCAGUAUAGUUUCA